AUGGAACACAUUAUCCAGUCCAGACUUCUUCGCUACCUCGAAGACAACCACCUCCUACCAGACACGAUGUUCGGUUUGCGUCCUCACUUAGCAGCCCCCGACAUAAUGCUUCUUCUCCAUCACCAGGUAGUCAUGCGUCGCACACUAGACACGAAAGUCAUCGUCGGCCUCGAUGUUGCCAAGGCCUUCGACAAUAUCCUCCAUGAAGUUCUUCAACAACUCCAGGCUCUCGGCGUCGGACAUCGCACGUAUGCAUACGUCCGAGACUUCCUGACCGACCGCAAGAUACAAUUCAGCGUCGGCACGGGACAUCCCUCCAUCAUCUCUCCUGGCAACCGCGGCACGCCGCAAGGCUCAGUGCUCUCGCCGCUGCUUUUCAACGUUGCACUGAUAGGCCUGCCCAAGCUUCUGGCUGACAUUCCCCACCUACACCACAGCGUUUAUGCUGACGAUCUUACUCUUUGGAUCACACACGGCAGUGACGGCGAGAUCGAAGAGACUCUGCAGACCGCCAUCGAUCGCGUCGGAGGCUAUCUGGAUACAGUUGGCCUCAGCUGCUCGGCGACUAAGUCAGAGUAUAUAAUCAUCCCGUCCCCAGGACGACGCCCACCAAAAAUACUUCCCGAGAUCAACCUCCAGGUGCAAGGAAACCCCAUCCCUCGUACAGAUCACAUCAGGAUUCUGGGCCUACACCUACAGGCAAACGGCAGCAACAAUAUAUCGCUCCAACGAAUCGACCAGUCGGUGCUACAGAUCGGACGUCUUCUCAAGCGAGUCUCCAAUAAGCACCGAGGUAUGCGAGAGUGCAACCUCCUGCGCCUCGUUCAAGCCUUCAUCUGCUCCCGCAUCACCUACUCCGCACCUUACUUACGUCUCAUCCGCGCCGAAAGCGAACGGCUAGAGGCGUCACUUCGAAAAGCAUACAAGACGGCCCUGGGUCUUCCCAUGUCAACAGCUACUCACAAGCUUAUGGCUCUCGGCAUCUCCAACACCGUGAGCGAACUGAUCGAGGCUACCCUCACCGCCCAAUACGAGCGGUUGUCACUCACACACGCUGGCCGCGCGGUACUGCAGCAAGUUGGGAUCUCACCAACGAGGGCGGCCCCCAAUUAUAUUGACCUUACGCCGGAAUAUCGUCAAAAUCUCCGAAUACCUCCUAUUCCCACACGGAUGCAUCCGGAACACCACGCCGAGAGACGGGCCGAUCGUGCACGACAGUUCGAGAAACGCUUCAGCGGACGUCCAGAUGUCACGUAUACGGACGCCUCUUACCACCCCUCGAAACCAGCGAUGGUGGCGGCAGCCCUCGCCCCGCACCGCAGCUGGUACACAGCCUGCAGCAUUCGCAACGCAGAAACAGUCACCGCAGCAGAGGAGGUUGCCAUUGCGCUUGCGCUGGCUGAUCCUAUUACCAAAGUAGUCAUAAGUGAUUCUCAACAGGCGAUCCGCAACUACAAUGCCGGCCAUAUCUCUCGCCCGGCAUCACACAUUCUGCAUUCUACUCCCCCCUCCUCCACACCCCGCUUACUCCUGUGGGCUCCAGCCCAUGAAUCGCUCAGGGGAAACGUCCAGGUGCAUACACUUGCUCGAGAUCUUAGCUGCCGAGCCGAGUGUAGGAUCCACCGCCCCGAUUCCCCUGACACCACUAUCUCGCACGAUUCUCUACUCACCACUUACACGGACAUCCUCCAGUACUACCGACUCGGGAGAUGCAUAUAUCCUCCCGCACACCGUGAUCUAACAAGGCGCGAGGCCGUCCAAUGGCGCAAACUACAAACAGGCAGCUUCCCACACCCCCUCUUAUACAGUAAAAUCUUUCCGCAACAAAUAACGCCUCGGUGCAAACACUGCUCAGCUCCGGCCACUCUCAUACACAUGGCGUGGACUUGUACGCAUUACAACACAGACGAAACAAACACCCCAGAGUCGUGGGAGUCCCUCCUGCGUAGCUCCGAGCCAGCAGACCAACGUCGGCUCAUCCAGCGUGCGGUGGAGGCCGCGGAAUCCCAAGGGAUCCCCGCCGACCUCCUCUAAGCCAGCGCAACCGGUCCUUGGACUGGUCCCCUCUUUUUGGGCGAAAUAAAGAAUUCACCACCA